CGCUGAUGUUUAUUUAACAUAAUUUCGUAUACCUUUACUUGUUUGAUUUUCAAUCAUUACUAACAGUUGAUAGGUAUUAUGAUGAUUUUCUUAUCAAUGAAAUGCGUAAAUAUAUAUCUAAACAACAUGUUCAAUUUUCCAAAGUUUCAGUUCUCUAGCUAAACCUACUGCUGAAAUGCAUGGACAAUAUUAACAUACAUGAAUUUUCGUACUUGCUUUUCAUGACAUCUUUACUUCUUGAUUAGUAACAUUUAUAAACAUCUGAUGGUAAGAACUUUAUAAAAAAAAUUCUUUUCAAAAACGUAAAAUAUUAUAAAACUUAAUGUGUGUGAACAUGAUAUCCAUUGUUUUCUAUGAUCAAUUGUAAUCCAUGAGAUAUUUCGUCUAUUAUCUUUGCAUGUUUCUGAUAUUGAACCUUUGCUCUAUUCUUGUGCAUUUUCUUUUUCUAAAGAUAAUGAUAUACCAAACAUUUUUCUGGGAUUUUUUUCAUUCAGUGUAUUUCACACAUAUUCAAUUUCUUAUAGAUUAGCAAAUUUAGCAUCGCUAUCUACUGAUUCGAUACAUUCAUUGAGUAAUUGUGCUACAAACCGUGCGAUCAAUACACUAUGUUGUUUUCAAACAAUUUAAAAUUAACACAAAACAUUUACGAUCUUUUCUGUUUUCGUCAUUCUUAUAAAUAUAUGAUCCAGUUUGUCAUUAAGUCUAAAAGAUUUUAGAUAUAAAUGCAUCCAUAUGUAGUUCAAACAAUUCUUCGUCACGGCGUCGCUUUUGACUACAAAAAACGCUCUUUAUGCAUUUAUUUUAGCAUCAACUUGUGAAUUAGUAUAACAAAUUGAAAAUGAAGCAGUUACAUUUGAAAAAGUAUGAAUUUUAUAUUUAUUCCAAUGUAGACAUCCAAUAGUUAUUGGUAGUAUUCUGGAAUAUUAAGCAAUUAAUGAACUUGCAGAAGAUACAACAUAAGAAAAAAAGAACAUUUUUCUUUCUUUUAUAUUAAGAGAUUUUGUUUCAAAAGAUAAGUAAAGUCCAACAGUGAUGUUUACAAUAACAAUAACAUCAGUUAUUGAACGUUUAACACGAUACAUAUCUUCGUUAUUGUCAUCGUCCUGCACCUAUUUAUAUUGCUCGAAAUUGAUAAAUCAACUGAAUGUGUUGAACAAAUUAUUAUUUUGUGAAUGAUGGAAAAAGUAAAAGAAAAUCGAGAUUCAACUUUUAGCUCAAUUAAAACAGCGUCAAAAAGAUAUUCUUGUUGCAAUAGAUGAUAUUGAUCGUGGUAUACAUAUAAAAGAUGUUUCAUUUGUAUUAAAUCAUAAUAUAGCUAGGGCAAUUGAAGAUUGUAUGCAUCGUAUUGGUCAUGCUGGUCGUACAGACAAAGCAAUAACAAAAAAAAAGAAGAUUCAGUUGUAUUUUUAUGAGUUAGAGGAAGUUAUAUUUGAAUUACUUGAUCAUCUUGAUACACAUUAUAAACUCGAACCUAUUGUUACUAAGCAUAAUAAAACUGCUAUUCUUUGUGCUUAA